CAGGGAGGCAGCUCCAGCGCGGACCUUGGAGAGCCCAGUCGUCCACCCGCUAGCCAGCCUAGAUCCCCGCGGCCCGCUGAGGCUCGGAGCCAUCCAGCGACCCGGCGAGUGGCCUCAGGCGGCAGCAUCUGGAGGGCCUGCACCCAGGCAGGGGACCACCGCCUCUGUCCAGGAACCACGGAGCCAGGGACGGAGACAGAGCUGCCUCCUCACCCCCAGCUCAGGGGGUCUCAGCGACUGCUGCCGAGGUGAGGACCUUGCCUGGACCAAGUCGCAGGGAGCCCUUUGUGCCCCAGGCCCCGCCAUGGGGAAGACCAACAGCAAGCUGGCCCCCGAGGUGCUGGAGGACCUGGUUCAGAACACGGAGUUCAGCGAGCAGGAGCUGAAGCAGUGGUACAAGGGCUUCCUGAAGGACUGCCCCAGCGGCAUCCUCAACCUGGAGGAGUUCCAGCAGCUCUACAUCAAGUUCUUUCCCUACGGCGACGCCUCCAAGUUCGCGCAGCACGCCUUCCGCACCUUCGACAAGAACGGCGACGGCACCAUCGACUUCCGGGAGUUCAUCUGCGCCCUCUCGGUCACCUCCCGCGGCAGCUUUGAGCAGAAACUCAACUGGGCCUUCGAGAUGUACGACCUGGACGGCGACGGCCGCAUCACGCGCCUGGAGAUGCUGGAGAUCAUCGAGGCUAUCUACAAGAUGGUGGGCACUGUGAUCAUGAUGCGCAUGAACCAGGAUGGGCUCACACCCCAGCAGCGCGUGGACAAGAUCUUCAAGAAGAUGGACCAGGAUAAGGAUGACCAGAUUACGCUGGAGGAGUUCAAGGAGGCGGCCAAGAGUGACCCAUCCAUUGUGUUGCUGCUGCAGUGUGACAUGCAGAAGUAGAGGCUGGUGAGGGGCAGGGCCCCUGGCCAGGAAGGGCAUGGCCACCUCCCAACCUGAUGACCUCUCUGGCUGGCCUUCCCUGGGGGAGGGGCACUCCAGCUUCACUCUCUGGCCCACCCACUCCUCUGCCCAAGCCCUAUCUCCCCUCAGUCAAGAUCCUUGAGGGACCACCUCACUUUGCAAAAGAGACAGGUCCUCAGAUAUCCUGUCGUCUAGCCCCAACCCCAGCCUUAGCCCAGAACCAACAUCCACUGGGCAUAGGGAGUUGGCUUUCGCAGGGUUAAGGAGGGAGGCUGGGGUCCUGCUUUGAAAUUCUGUUAUUCCUGGGAUUGUGCUUUAUGGAAUGUGGUCCAACAGGCCCAUCACAAGGCCAAAUUAGGUCUGUCCUUUCUGUAGGACCCACAUCUCUUAAAGGUGGUCUCCACCCUGUCCCCUCGACUCUACCUGGCCCCUCUGGCCCCAGCCUUUGGAGCUUUCAUUUGUUCUUUCUUCAGCUAAUGUUUAUUGAGCACGUGUUCAAUGCCAGGCAUCUCUAAGUGCCAAGGAGGUGGUAGUUUACAAGACACAUUCCAUGUCCGUGGAAGCUCUCAGGGUAGUGAGGCAAACUUCCGGUGGUCAGGGUCUUAGGCUGGGAUGUUGAGCAGAGCUGAGCGGAGGGUGCUGCAAGGCUGCUUAGUUUGAGAGGAGCUAUCACAUCUUCCAUCUGGGCUCCACCCAGAGCCACAGAAGGAUGGAAUGAAAAGCAUUUGGAUGUUUGGGAGCCAAGUGAGUGGAAGUCUUAAGAAAAAUGAAAUUUAUGUAAUACCUAUUUUUUUAGAACCCUUUGAAAGAACUAAAGUCAUUUUAUUAGUUUAGGAUGUUAAGAUGUACUCUAUAUUACUUGGUUUCUUAUAAAAUGAUUAAAUGAAUAGAGAAAACACUAAUUUUCACGGGGAAAAAGCUGAGAACAAAAAAUGGAAAAUACCACCAAAUUGACCAGAUAACACUUUUUCUUAUCAGGCUAAGUCCUGAGCUGUCACCUUCAGCAGUUUUGCUGCUUCUGCUGCUUCCUUUUCAUUACCUUUUUCAAUUCAAUGAACAAUUCUACUGCACACUUACUCUGGUUGGGUGCUGACUGUAGAGACAGAAAAAAACAAGAUUUGCCAAGAGUGAGAGAAGUGUAUAUCCCACAUCUUGGUAGUUCGUUUCUGGAUUUGGUGUAGUGUCAAGGAUGAGCUUGUUCUUUCACUGCUACCAAAGCAGAAGGAGUUAGAAGCAAAGGACCUCCCAGCCACUGUUAGGCACUGCAUUUGUGGACCAAAUGCCUAAAACUGUGCUGGACAUGCUCCAUUUGAAAGGCUUUUUCUAACCCCAAAUCCUAGAUCUGCCAGGUAAUUCACCGUCUUCCAAGUGCACUGGCUCUGCUUUCCAAUGCCUGCUUUCCAAUUUUGGAUCCAUGAGCUCUACAGCUGCAUGUUUUGACUGCCAGAACAACUAAUUUUGCUUCUUCAUCAAGUCUUUCACACUUUCUCCUGUACUUGUGAUCAGAAAUUAGCUUUGACGUGCAGCGACAGUUGAUUUCCUCUUGAACUACUGGUGAAAACAGUCUAGUACACAGGUGCUUUCAGCCCAGGGUGGGAGUAGGGAAUGAUUGCUGAGCCCAGGGUGGGAGAAUUGCAUCUACAGGAAAGAGAUGCAGCAAGCCGCUCACUUCUGAGGGCUUACCUGUCCUGCCUCUCUGCAGGUGAAGACUCCUGGGGAUGCUGACCUUUGGCCCUAAGCUCUAUUGGGCCCUUGGAGGUAGCAAGGCCACUGAGUUGCCACCCUUUUUCUAUCUUCCUGCUUAUGACCAGCCAUGUGGCAGGCUGGGGAAUUCACAUCCUCAGGCAGUAACUAGCAGAUAUUUACCAGUAAUGCCUCCAGAGAUGGUCCAUUGCUCUCAGGAGUGGCUAUUAGGUGUCUUGUGCCAUUGAUCAGCACCACAGACACAUAGAUGCCCAACAGCCUGCCUCAGCUGGGACCUGAAUCUUCUGGCAGAAGGCUUUUCACUAAAUGGGGUUCCUUCCCCCCAGAUGUUGAAUCUAAUCUAACUCACAAUCAUAUAGAUUUUCAGGGCUUUCAAAGGCUUGCCAUCUACCCCAUCUCACUUUAUCCUCGGAGCCCAGGGAGGUAGAGAUUUUCAUUCCCUUUCAUUUUCCAGACUUGGAAGCUGAGUUUCAGAAAGUGGGAGACUCUUGUACAAGAGCACACAGUCAGGAGGUGACACAGUGCCAAGACUUGAACCCAAGCUCUAAGAGGAUUUCUUCCCUUCGGAGUCUCUUCCCUGCCUAUUUCUGUGACUGAGUUGUGCAGAGGGUGACAGUGGGACAAGCUAAGUUGAUUUUCGUCUUUUAUAACACAAGCUUCCUGCCAAAAAGUUUCUGAGCUUGUGGUCUUCCAAAAAGAAAUAGGAGUUUGGUUGAAGUCCCAUAUUUUCAAGCCUCAUGUUUUCUGCUCUGGGAGGCUCUGCUAACAGACCAGUGCUAUCCUGGGAGGCCUCUGACUCAGAACCCUGGAAGCAUCCUGCAUUGUCUUUGCAACCACCUUCCUCCUGGAAGAGCUGGCAGGCAAGUCCUACCAAGAGGGCAUGUUUGAUUACUCUAGGCUUCUGGACACAUGCCUAUGGGCGAUAUUUGCUGGGCAGUCCCAGUAUUCAGACAGCCCCUCAGUGUGAGCACAAUGCCAGGCCAGGAACUGGGACCACCAUGUUGCUGAUGGGAGGAGCCACAGGCAGGCUAGGCCUUGCUCCCACAUGCUCCUGGCUGUCCCACGGACUGUGCCUAGGAGCCCCUGUGGUAGAGCACUGGCCCUGCCUUGAGAAGAAAGGCAGGCCUCCCAUCCCUGCCCCAGCUGAGAGGGACUUGCCACAAAGCACAAGGUUAGCAGAAAUUUAUGUAUGACUUGCACAGACACAAAAAUAUGCAGACAAUUAAAGCACUGAUAUAUCCAAACUCUUCUUUGAAAUUCUGUAUCUCCUUACAACAGCUCUGUGAAUUGCAAAGUUCCAGAAUCAGCCUUCUUACAUAUUCUGCCCACAUUCAUCCUUUUGGGCUAGUUGAUGAGCUCUUUGUUUCUUAUCUCUAAAAAUCAUCAGCAAGGGCUACUUCAGAUGGCCACUUUGAACUCUAGUCAGGAUUAUUUAACUUACCUUUAAAUCAAAAGCGAAUAAAAAGCAAGUUCAUGAGCAAAGGCACGAAAUCCUUCCCUUUCCUGACAAUGGCAGAGUCCCUAGAGGUAGAAAUUCAUCUUGCUGCAGGGUGGGGUAGGGUGAGAAAAGAAAGAGAGAAUAAGGGAAGAAGCUGAGGUUGCAGGGCAGGAUAGUAAGCUGACACUGUAAAUAUUUUUACACAAAAAUUUAUUAAAACAACAGAUAUUUCCUGAAGAUCUGCCCUGGGUGAGGCUUUGUGCUGACUCUACAGAUCACUUUGGGGGCAAGAAUACAUUUGCUACAUUCAUCAUUCUUGAAAAAAAACUAAGUCAAAUCUUACAAUUGAAGUCUCAGAAAUAUAUGGGAUUUACUUUCUGAAAUUUUCAGGAUUGUCUUUUUACCUUUGCCAGAGUUGGGGGCUGGACGGGGGCCUGGCAGGGUGUAUGAACCUUCCUGCUUGUGCAGGUUGGUCAGGCCCAGGGCCUUCUAAGGAGCAGGGGGGAGGAGGGCUGGGGAAGCAGGGAAGAGGGGCCCAACUCACCACGGGCACUCCAGUGUAGCCCCCUGUCCCCUCCAGAUGUGCUGCUUCUGGCUGUGCCCACAGUGACUGUCCUCACUGUUCCACCCUGUGCUGUGUUUUUUCCCCACUGACAGUGAAUAAAAGGUGUGACUGUG